AUGGAUAGCACAAGCUCACCAGAUUAUAAGGCGCUUUUUCUGAGAGAAGCCGAGCGGAGGAAGGAAGCAGAAGAACGCCAGCGGAAGGCAGAGGAAGAACGGGAACAGGAGAAAGAGGAGAGAAGGCGUGCAGAAGAGGAACGAGAUCAGGGCAGAGAACUAACGCGGCACACCACCUUUCUAGGACUUCUCCGUGACUGCCAUAUCCUUUUCUCGCUUCCUUUACGAGCCGCAUCGCCGUCUAUAUCCACAACAGGAAAAAUACCGCAGCCAACAGGGAAAUACUGCCCGCGACGCCUUCUACCUUGGGAAGACUGUGCAGUUAGGCAACAGGAGAUUUACCGGCCUGUUUGCACCUAUCUGGAACCUGAAGGGAAGGCUGCGGAACAGCGAUUUUCACCGCGCCUUGCGCUGGAGGACUUGGGUAAACGAUUUGAUGAAAGACCAAUAAGCAGUGAGCAGGAUCUGCAGAGCUAUGAACGAUUUGGUGUGGAGAACUAUGUUCGUGAUAUUAUUGUAGCUCUGCAAGAUACCAGCCGCUUGAGAUGA